AUGAAAAAUCUUUUUAAGAAUGUUGAAAUAAAGCAAAGUAAUAAAAUGUCUAAAAAAGAUAUAAAACAACUUAAUAAGUUAAAUUAUGUGUGUUUAGAUUUAAAAUUAAGUUAUACGCAGGUUACUUUAAAGAACAGAGUAAAAAUAAUUAAAAAUAAUGAGGGAAAGGCUUUAUAUUUUGAGUAUUUUAAUAAAGUAUAUCCCACGGUAGAAAAUUUUGAUCGAAAAUUACACAAAACAGUUUUGUUAGAUGAGGGUGCUUUAGGACCAUUAAAUAGAGGUGCAGAUGUAAUGAUACCAGGUAUUAUUAAGUAUAAAGAUAAAAUUGAAGAAUUUGAGAAAGAUGAAAUAGUUGGAAUUGAAAUUGAAACAGUAGGUAUUUUUGCGGUAGGUAAGACUUUAUUUUCUUUAAAAGAAAUGAUUAAUAAAAAUUCAGGUGUGGGAAUAGAAGUAUAUAAUCUUAAAUCGGAUAAGAUUUAA